CGUCCAUAUCCGCUUUUGCUUGGCAACACCGCGCAAACGAGACGACAGCCAACCAACCAACCCAAACAACAGCAGAGCACAUCUCUCCUUGUCGUGCACACGGUCGCAGCUUCAAGCCACAACACACCACAACCCCUCCAGCAACCCCUUGUCUGUAUUACCUUUCCUGGCCAAGAUGACACGUCGCUUGAGGGAGGACGAUGAUGACCACGGAUUCCAGGACGUGGAGCUUUCCACGCUGCAGCGGCAGUUUCGUGUCGCGGAGGGCUAUCGCAAGGCAUACUCCGAGGAAUCCCACAACACACUGAGAAAACAGGAGGAGCAAAUUGCCAAGCUGACGAAGGACAACGAGUUUCUCAUGUCAGAGCUCAAGCUCGCAGAUGCGGCUGAGCGCACGGAACAGAAGGUGGCGCAAACGUGUGCCACAAUGUCCUCCGUCCUGCAAAAGCAUGAGGAUGAAGUGGCACAGGAGAAGUCGCGAAACGACGAGUUGGGCAAGGAGAUUCGGGAUAUGGAGCGCAAGCUGGCGCAGAAGCGGCGCAACGUUGGUGGCGCCUCUGGUGUUGAGGAGCGAAAGGCCAAGGUGAAUGCGCAGAUCUCCACCAUGGAGAACCGCUUGGAGAAGAUGCUCAAGAAGUACAACGCCACGCUCACAGAGAACGCAAAGCUGCGCGAGACCAUCGACCAUCUGAAGCAAGAGCGCAAGGUGUUUGACACAAUGCACCGGCGCAUUGAGAAGGAUCUGGGCGACGUGAAGCGGCGGACGGCGGCCGUUGUUGAGCAGUCGCACAAAGCACAUGAGGCACGCGACGAGGCGCAGAACAAGAUUGCCGCCCUGGAGGAGAAGGCCGCCAAGGAGCUGCAGCUGUACAACCUGGAGAUCAAGGAGCUCUCACGCGUGCUCGAGCACGACCGCAAGCUGAAGACGUUUAUGGGCGUGAAGGCGCUGCCGCGCAACCUGGAGGAGGUGCCUGUGUCGCAGAAGCGCAAGACAAAGGCCGCAGACAGCCCGGAAACGAUGGUGCAGACGUACGACGAGGCCUUCCGCAAGAUCAAGGCCACAACCGGCAUCGAAGACACGACAAAGCUUGUUGAUCUGUUUAUUGAGGUGGAGGACCAGAACUUUUCCCUCUUCAACCUCGUCAACGAACUCAACAACGAAAUCGAGAAGACGCAGGAGCAGCGGACGAACGAGCUGCUGCAGCUGCAGGCACUGCUUGACCAGAAGGAGAAGGAGACGUGGGAGACGAAGGAGAUGGAGCUCCGGGAGCAGCUUGAGGACGACCUCGAGUUUGACCCGACAAAGACCCUGGGCCCCAAGCCUGUGCCUGGUGGGCUGCUUGGUACCGGGCCAGCACAGCCGGUUCCCUCUGAAGCCGUCAUCCCAACAAACAUUGCAGACGAUAUUGAGAGCCUCACCGAGGAAGAGGAGGACCUGACGCGCCCGCUCUCCCAUGCGGAGAUGAAGCAAAAGCUCAUGGCCACCAUGUCCCGCAAGGCCAAGGCGUAGCCGCUCCCAAACCCAGCAAGAUGUUGCCCUUUCCCAAGCUCUCAUACACACUGCCCACAUGACGGCGCGAAUGCUACGUGCCUAUGCUUCAUCUGAUGGGACCGCUGGUUCAACCAUCACACCGCAUCCACUACCUUCCUGUUUUUGUUUUGUGCGCACUCAUCUCUCCUCAUCGCCCACUCUUCUUGAUUGUUAAGACCGCGUCUCAUCUGUCACAACCACACGUAAAUGAAGGAACACCAACCUCCGCCUGCACACACGCAAAAAAAUAGACACCCAUGCACACACACACACACACACACAUAUGCAAUGCAAACCCACCCACACAAUCGUUUUGUAUUGCUGGC